AUGACACAGCCCAGCAAGUCCCCUGCGGGGGUUCUGCAGAUUUCGGCUGCAGUCACUCAAAAAGGCACCUCUUCAUCACCGAAGAAAGCUCCUAAGCCUCCAUCCCAACGUUUGAAGCUCAUUAUUCGUCGCUUGCCUCCAGGGCUGACGCGGGCAGAGUUUGUUGAGACACUGGGGCUAGAAUGGACGGCUGGCGCAGGGAAGGUGGAUUGGCUCGAGUUUAAAGCUGGCAAAGUGUCGAAAGACGCUGCCAAACCUUCUCGUCCAUCCCGUGCUUACAUUCAUGUUACGUCCAACGAACAUAUCACUCCGCUAUCAGACCAUGUGCGCCAGCUCUUGUUUCAAGAUGCCCGCAACACCAUGAAAGAUCCUAUUCUACUUGGACCUCCGAUUUUGGAAUUCUCACCCUACGCCAAAAUCCCCGGCAAUGGAAGUCGCAAUCGCAAAGAUGCCCGUGAGGGUACCAUUGACCAAGAUCCUGAAUUCAUUGCUUUCCUGGACAAAAUGACACAGCCAAUUAGCAAGGCGACCCCUGUUGAUAACGCGGAAGGCGACGAGAAGAAGAGGGAUAAGAAGGAUAAGGUUACGACGCCUCUGGUCCAGUUCCUCAGAGACAAGAAAGCAAGCAAGGCCAAGGACAGUGCAGCAUCCAAGUCCUCCAGAAAUGCGCGGUCAGAGAAGGAGUCCAAGCCGGAGAAAAUCCAAGCCAAAAAGCUUUUACAGCGGUCUGACAAGGAAGUAGCCGCACCGACCGCUGAGAAGAAAGGCAAGGGCGACAAGACCAGCAAAGAGUCUGGAAAAGCAGCCAAGCAAGCCACUGUUGCGACAAGCAAAUCUGGCAAGGCUAGUACUCCAAGUAUCAACAAGGAGACAGCAACUCCUGCCCUGCCCGAACGAAAGAGAGAACGGGGCAGCGUUGCUGUGGCAAAAACCCUCAUUCAACGCGAUCUCCAAGGAAGCUCAUCCCCAGGUGGGCGACGACGUGGGAAGGGUGGAGCAACUGAGACUGUCUCUCCCAAUGCCGGUUCUCCCAAGACCAAUUCUCCCAAGGCUGCUACUCCCAAGAACGGCUCCCCCAAGACAGGUUCUCCUAAGACUGCAAACUCGCGAGAUUCAUCAGCUCUUGCGACUGACAAACCUAAGAAGGAGCUUGUUGUCAAAGCAGGCAAAAAAACUUUGCCCGGAGCCUCUUCUACGAAAGGAAAGGAGAAGGAAAACGAGGCUGUGUCUAUAAAAGCACAUGAGACUUCUAAUGCUCCUCCCCCAAACACGAACUCGACCACAAACGCAACCCCUAAAUCAUCGAAGGCUAACAAGUCCAAGCCUGCUGCAGCUCCUUCGCCCACUGCCACUCAAGCCUUCCUCAAGUAUCUAAACCCAUCUCAGGGUGUGACUGAGGCUAGCUUGGCAGCGACAUUCUCUCCAUUCGGUGCUGUUAUCAAGACGGAGAUUGAUAAGAAGAAAGGAUUUGGGUAUGUGGACUUUGCGGAUCCAUCUGCAUUGCAAAAGGCUAUUGCUGCCAGCCCGGUGACGGUAGCUCAGUGUCAAGUGGUAGUAUUGGAGCGCAAGGCGAAUCCCGGUGGAAAGGCACAGCCGGGUUCCGGGUCCUCUCAUCGGAAUCGUGGUGGUCGAGGACGAAACAAGGGACCCAAGGGAGGAAAUGAAGCUGCCCCGAGUGCAGCAGAAACCUAG